UUGAUUAAUUCCGGUCGGCCCAAUCAGGAGAAAGAUCAAACAAACAUUUCAAUGAUGACAGGAUUUAUAUUCGUGAACUUCUGUCACCCGCUAGAUAAAAAGAACGAACUUGAACCGUUUAAAAUGGAGAGCCAACAAGGGAUAGCUCUUUUCACCUUACUAGUUGCCACAGUAUUCGCGUACAUGCAAGCCAACUCCAAGCUUUUGUGAGUAAGAAUUCAUUCCUGUGUUCUUGUACUUUACAAAGACAAUCGUAUUUAAUUCAAACUUUUUAUGUCAUGUCUUUGGCAGGUUUGUGUCCUCUGUCGCAACUCUUGUCCCAAGCCUUAUCUGUACUCGCAUUCCAGGCUUGUCUAAUAGGCAGAGAAAUGUGUGCGACGAAAACCCAAAAGUCAUUUAUUGCAUAAGAGAGGGUUAUCGAAUGGCUGCAGAGGAAUGCAGGUUCCAGUUCCGAAAAAGCAGAUGGAAUUGUACUCUACUCGGCGAAACAUCGGAUUUCGACGACAAAGCCAUUAGUGAGUGGGAUUAACAUCCUCUAAGAUUGUCUUAAAUGUCGGCUUUCUAAUGAGACACUACAGGCCUCUCGAAUAUAUAUCAUGCAAUUAACUAUUGCCUUUCUUUGUCAGUCCACUUUAGUUGAACUGUUACAAAGUGUUUGUUUGUUUGUUUGAAGUAAAUGGCUCACUAUUUAGCUGAGAGUCCUCUUAUGAAUCCACUUAUGUUUAAGUGUCUUGAAGUGUUUCCGGUAUACGGCGACAGUAUUUUCAUUUGUCCAAACUUUCAGCUUCCCGACACAAAAGCUAGCAAUUUUGGUGCUGCCUAUAAUUUCUACUGACCGAUCGAUAUUGUAAAACAAACCAAUAUGAAAUUUUUGAUUGUUUCUGUAAGGCAAUUUUUAACGAGUUUGAAUGUGUUUAAAUUUAAAGUGAAGUUGGACAUUUAAAUGUUUAAUUGUCCCAGUUCUGUGUAUUACGUAUAAGAACGGGUUACGUGGUAUGAUACUUUCAUGCGCAGCUUUUUGAGACAUCUGUUCAUAUCAAAGGAUGUGUUUCGCUCUCGAGGAGUAAAUAUACAGCCUGCAUUCCUUCUAGAACUAGUGUCCCAAUAAGUUAUGCUUGCAGAAGCUGCAAGAGCAAUGCUAUGUUAUGCUUUCAAUCCUCCUGAGCGAUUUUGUAGUGAAGGAGUAAAGAUGAUUGUAACUAGGCCCGUCGUCUUCUAAAAUUUUCCAGAGACUGAUACGAAUAUUUUCAGCCAUCGAUCAUGUGAAAUGAAAUUAAAAAAAAUUAUAUUUAAAAAGCUAUUUUAAGCAUCUUCAUUUCAAAUUUAUAAGGUUCUCACCAAUGUCGAUUAUUUUAGUCCUUUUUUAAUAAGUGGAAAUCACUUGUUGUUGAUAAUUCGAUAAAACUGGAUAUUUUUGGUUUCCUCUAAAAUAUAUUACAUGUUUCGAGCAAGAUCUAAUGAUGAUAGUAGAUAUGAGUAUUUAGCUGACAAAAAACUGCAUCACUGGGAUUUUUAGGGUUACUCAAAUAUUUCAUUUUUGCAUCGAUUAACUUGGAAAAGAAGGCUAGUCUUUUAAAAGAAAUGCCCAAAACUUUGUUAUAUGAAAAAAAUUAUAUAUGCAUGGAAUAAAUCUUUGCCGAAGGAUUUGCUUCAGUCUGAAACUCGUGAACAUAUGUGAAAAUAUCAGUUGAAAGACUGAUGCUAAAAGUUGUGUUCAUUUUACGUUAGUGAACUAAAGGUGACUAAUUAUGCAAAGAUGUCGAUUCAAACGUUGUCUCUCCCACUUGUAGAGGGAACUAGAGAGAUGGCUUACACGCAAGCUAUCAUUUCGGCUGGAGUUGUGUACACAGUCACCCGAGCCUGUAGUAUGGGAAACCUCAGCGAAUGCAAUUGUGACAAGAAACUCACAAGUACGGAGAAAAAAAAGCACUACAAAGGUUGGUCGUGGGGUGGUUGUUCUGUCGACUUGAGCUUCGGUCUCGAUCUUUCCAGUCGCUUCGUGAAUGCUCGCGAGGAGAAACACAAUGCCUUUUGGCUGAUGAACAGGCAUAACAGCAGGGCUGGUAGGCAGGUAGGAGAUUUAAUUAGAUAAUUGCUUUUCUAAUUAGUUAAUGAUAAUGACGGCUAAACAAUUUCGGAUUGGCCUGAAUUGUCUUGGUCACACGAAGAAGCUUGUAGCCGUGAAAUUUGCAUAUGAAAAGGUUCAUAUUACAGGAACUUUCAACCUUGAUCCAAGAUAAUUAUAUUAGAUUUUUACGCUCCAAUUUGAACACGUGUACAAAAUUCGUCGAUUUUUCAACACAAUUUGGCAAGUUUCUUCAGAAACUUAAAUCGAAAGUAAAAUAAUUAAUUGGGCAACGACAAUUGUAUAGUAAACAGUAUUGAAUGUUUACUGAGGAAGACAUUCAAACUUAUUACAAAGUAACCGCAAAACCACGUCGUAGGAAAUUAAAACUCUACGCUCAAAAUAUUCAUAUCCUCAAGAAAAAUAAUGCAUGCUCCCUAAUAUUAAAACAAGUGCUAAAAUGAUUUAUGAUUUGUAAAGUUCGACUUCGAAAUAUUUGACCUCGCUUAAAAUGAUCAAUAACAAAAAAUGACGGAACUCGAAUUUUUUUUAUCUUUGUUUCCCUUUGACUACAGCAGACAAAAAAAGCAAUAUGAAGAGUGAGACAUAUUCUUAUUUUUGGACGUGUGUGUAGUUUAUUUAAUCGUGUUGUGACUCUCUCUCUCUGGCAAUGGCUUAGUAUCUUUUAAUCUGCCUCAUUAUUGAGAACUGAGAGAGUCAUACAAUAUGCAAUAAAGGACUCUGUCCAGAUGAAAUGACCCGUGUUAACAAGGAAACCGAUAAACUCGAAAGAGAAGAAGGGUUACGCUAAAUUUUUCUUAUCUCUAACGGAAAGUGUGAUUUGGUCAAAAUUUUACUCAUGAGAUAAGUUUUGCUUGCAAAUAAUUAAUGCUAAUAUUUAAAACUCCUUAUGCCAUACCACCACCUCGCUCAACUACUGGCUGUUAGCUUUAUAUUUUACAGUAAUCCGUCCUUUAACUAAGUUGACCAUGAAAUACCAGCUUGAGUUAGUUUAACCGGAAUACGCAAUAUAUAAAUGUGGCUAUGGUCUAAUGACUGUUCAUUCCCUUCCAACAUUUUUGUCAACUUACGUAAUGUGCAUAUAAUGCCCUCUGAGUAAAGCCAACGUUUGGAUGAAAGCAAUAGUUUUUCAAACAUGCGCUGGAAUUCAUUGCCUAGCUUAGAAAUAAGCGAAAUCAUAUUGUGAAGAGAAUGCUUGAUACGUGAAGCUCUGCGAAGGUAUGCAGUACAUCAGCGAUCGAACGAAACUGUGCUUUCGCUUAGACAGUUUCAGUUGCGCUCACCAAUUGUAAAGGGCAUAGGAAAUUUUAAAUCUAUCAUAUUUAGAAAUGAAUUCGAGAAUUUGGGAAAGCAAACUACACUUAAAGUGAUACUUGUAACUUAAAGCGCUUUCCCAUGGUGGAGCAAUGUUAACUUUUGUGGAUCCGAAAACCACUAGGCAUGGUUCGAAAAGAAAGCAUUGUUUAGUUGAAUUUUAGUAAUUAAAACAAAGUGAGUUCUCUUAGCCCGCCUGCAGAGAUUAAUAUUAACGGCGGAAUCUCUAACAGCUGGGAACCCUGAAAACAAACAUUGACAGAGCAUCUUUUAUGUUGAUAACAAUUUUUUUAAUAUGUCGAAAAAUUUAUUUUUGGAAUAAAAGAAAUUUAGUUUCCCACGCCUAAAAUUGAGACCGAUAUUCCUGAGAUUAUUUUAAGAAACGGAAAGAAUCGUCUUCUUCCUCUUUCUUGAAGAAAAAAAAGGCCGUGAAGACUGCAGAUACUUCCGCGGUGGAACAAAUAUAAUUUUACUGUCCAGUUGGCUGUAUCAUAAAGUGACUGAAAGGAACAUUCAUGGCGGUCAUUAACUGUAGAAACAGGAUCUCAGGAAAUGUUGCUACGCGCAUAAAAUCAACAAUUUUUUUUAUUCCUACAUAUUAAGGAGCACACGAGACUUCAAUUACUUUACACUUAGCGAAAUGUUACCACAAAAAGACGUUUUCCUUAACUUAGUUGCUUUUGGCUAUUAUCUUUUGGGAAUUUCUUGGUUUAAAAUGAUUCUCAGUGCAAUCUCGUUUAUAAAAUACGUUUUAAAAUCGACUCAGGGAAUUUUAGUCACACCGUCUCAUUCGCUAAAUCGCAGUUUACGAGAGCCUCAUAAUUCGUCAAACCGUGGCGCUGAGUAUUAAAAGCUAUAAAGAAACUCUUUUAGUGGUAUUUGAUUUUGAGGUUCACCUUCGUGUGCGCCUUUGUUUACACUUUGCUUCCUCUAAAUUGGGAGUCGUUUUAGAGAUAUUUUUAUUGAAAGAACUGUACAAUUCUUCUGUUAAUCUUUGGCUAAUUUUUAGUUUUCGGCUUAAAAGGGAAAGGUGGGUUUAACUUGAAUAAGAUCUUUCCGUUUUGCUCUCGAAUACAAAAGAAUAUAAGAAAAAAAUGAAUCUAAACCGAGAGAUAUCGGUGCUAACUUAAUCACUAAAGUGAGUUGCAUUUACUCCUUUUGAAAGUAGUAAACAUGAAGUGCUAUUUAGGAGAGACCUGUAUUUCCAACUUGUUGCGUGUCCCGACCUUAAUUCUAUACUUCUCAGUUCGAAUACAACCAAACAGCAUAACGACUUUGAGCAUGUAGCUCUGAAAGAUAUUUUCGCGGCUAUAAUAGCUAUCUGAUAGUUUAGUCUUCAGUGAGAAUUAUACCCGUAAAUACAGUACAUUAGUCCCCUCCCCACCGCACCCCCAAAAGCGGUACGACAAAUAUUAAAGUAUUUUGUGAGGGAACCCCCUUUAAAAAGGGGGUCCUAACGACUGUGCUAGUUAGCUGACUGAGGAGGGAGGUGUGGUAUAAGAACCUUAAGCAGGCUCAAACGAAAUUUACACGUUUGCUAAAAAUUCUCCAUUUCAUUUUUGUGGAUCAAGUACCUAUUGCCCGCAUCUAUAUCCACGUAGAGUUAAACACGACUUUACAUAGCUACAUAAUCAUUUUUGGUAGAGAAUGGACAACUAAUUUAAGAACUUAGUAAUUAGACGCCCAAAACAAAUAAUUUAGAGGAUGCGUUACAGAGAUCAUCUUUCCACAAGGAGGACGCUACAUGGUUUGGAAUGGUCACUGUCUGUUGUUUGUCGAAGCAGAGCACAGCCUUAACUUUUCACCUAAACCUAGGACGUUUUUCUCGCUUGCUUUAGGUUGUGAGACAGAACUUGGUUAAAUUUUGCAAAUGCCAUGGAUUGUCAGGGUCCUGUGUAGAGCGAACAUGCUGGAUGGCCUUGUCCUCUUUCCGUAAAGUCGCAGAAAAGUUGAAAGAGUAUUAUCACACUGCUUUGAGAGUUGAUGCCUUGACGGGCGCGACCUCCGGAGGGGCGAAGCCUGAACACCUUGUGUUACAAUCGAAUAAUUCAAAGAAGCCACACACACAUAGCCUGGUGUAUCUAAAUGACUCUAAGGCAUUCUGUAAUCGAGAUCCGAAACUUCGAAUCCCGGGAACCCGAGAUCGCAUCUGCAACACGACCGGCUCUACUGAGGAAGACCAUUGUGAUGUCAUGUGCUGUGGGCGCGGCCACGACACGCACAAUCUUACUGAAGUGAUUCAGUGUAGCUGUAAAUUUCAUUGGUGCUGCGAGGUCAAAUGUCAUGAGUGCGUCAACAACGUAAUAAGGCACACGUGCAAGUAGAUGGCGAUCAUGGGCGUGGCACAGCUUACAUUGAACAUUUAAAUCGGAAUUUGAGGGCCUAAGUGCUAACAGCGAAAAUCGCCAUGUUGACAUGAAACGAUUAGACGAACAGUUCAUACCAUGUACAGAAGAACAGUCAUACAAUCGGACGUGUCGAAAACGUCGUAAAAUACAGGUGCAACUAGGGCACCAAUAUCAGUAACCAUUUAAGGACUGCAGGCACUUAAAGUGCUUUUUAUCUGUAAAGAUGUUCACAUGUCAUUUAUGAAAUGUCGUGUUUUCUGACGGAAAGUGAUCCACUUAGGAUCACAUAUGAUAAGAUCGAACUGACUUUGAGAUAUGUGUAAACUUAUCUAAUUAUUAAAAGGUAGAACCGUCAAAAAGUUAAGUGAUAUUAUUGUAGAUGUAUUGAGAUGUAUAGAGUAUAAAAGACUAAUAGCCUUGAUUAAAAAUCUAGAAUUUAAAGUUAAUGGAAUAUCCGUAGGUUCUUAUACCACACCUCUUACGCUCGAGAAAUGAGGAAUGCUAUUUGUCUGUGGUAGCCUGCAUAUCAAUGGUAUCCUGCAUAUCAAUGGGGCCUGCAUAUUAAUGGUAGCCUGCAUAUCAAAGGCAGUUUUAAGAUUCAAGAUACACGAUUGUUUUUCGUGUUAUUUUCUGCUUUUCAUUUCUGCGCCAAACACAGUUUUGUCAUUUUACGACAAUUUAUCUCAUUUUUGUUUUUAUUUAGGUCUAGGGAAUAAUUAAAGCUAACGCGCACAAACUACCCAAUUGGAAUGAAGAUAUCGUAUCUCGGCCUGUGAGUUACAAGAUUCAUAAAAAUAACCUCUGUGUAGCUGACGCAGCAUAAUUUACUUCGUUUCGUUGCAUUUCCUUAUUUAAUUUAAAGUAAACUUGAAACAUCAACUAUCAACCGUCGACCGUCGCGCUUAGAUCGUAGCUGUAGAAUUGUUCCGAGCGCGGAGGAAUUUUUAUAAUGACAAUUUAUGUUAUCGCUAAAAUUUUUUGGUGAGGGAAGACUUUACUAUUUUUCCAAUCAUAAAACUUUCUCCAGCUUUUUCGUUUCUUCUUUGAAAUUACCCAUUUAAGUUAUCCGGUAUUUACAUAAUGAAAAUUUUCAUCAAGCCAGUACAAAGUCAAAGCCAGUAGGAGGUGUGGUAUAAGGCGAAUUUAGUCUACUUUUAGAGCAAUUUUCAAUGAGUGUCGAAACAAUGGGGGAUUGCAUUGGGUUGCUCUAUUUUCAUCUGUGAUAGGAAUUCUAAAGCUCCUAAAAUCCAGCCGAUAAAUAAGACGAGAAAUGAAAUAAAAUCUCGAAUUGGUCCUUCGUGGAGGUUCAGCUCUCAAGUGGCUCCUAUGAAGAUGUUUCUUUGUUCUGUUUGGAAGUUGCGAUUACUUUGGUUCUUAUCAGUUUACGACACUCACAAGAAUUGCGCUCUAAUAAACCAAUUAAACGAAGUAUUCGUUUGUGAAAGUGUUUUCUUUUUGCAUCGUAUGGUCGGUAAUAGAAAAAAAAACUGUCGACAAUAAGAUUCCGUUAAGAAUGAAAAGAUGAACUAAGUCACUGAACUUUUUUCAAGUUCUACAAAAUAACUAGACGCAGGUGGCCGCUGAAAUUUAAGUUUUAGUUUCCCUGGCGCUUAGACUAAGAGUAACCUCUCUUUUCGGCGAAGUCCCUUGUGCGAAUCAAAAAGUGAUUUUCGGUAAAGAUAUGACGUCAGCGUGCCGCGCCGAACUAGGCGCCUCACACUUAGAGUUCCGAGCGGCGCCUAACAUUUUUUUCCUUCUUAUCAUUUUUUGAAUCACGCGACGGACUUCGUCGAAAAGAAAGAGCUGCUCUUAGCCUGUCUAAUGUUUGGCACAAAUCUUUUGUCUGUAUUUUUAGCUGAAAAUACAAGACACUGUUUUUUGUUUUUCAUCGUUUGAUGUAGAAGCGUGUCAGAAGUAGUCGCACUGUUGCGGUGGCCAUCCGCGUCUUUGGAAAGUGUUUCCUAACGUCUCUAUUGGUGGGACAAAUCGCCGUUGAAUUAUCAAGAAGAGCGUUAAAGAUUAAAUCUAGUUAGCAAAAAUUUCAGUGAAGUGUAUAGUGUGAGAAAACAACGGGGCAAAUAUUAAAGGUUAUUUCAAACUUAGUUGUGCCGUGCUCUGCGCCAUGUUGGAUGGUGUGACGCUUCACAGUUUCCACUUUUUAUCUACGUGAUGCUAGAUAAAACUGGCAACCGUAUGACGUCUACGAUCCAAAAUGGCGCUCACGGUUCAAAGUUCAAACGUCAAGAUUGCAAACAUUUGUUCUCAGUUUUCAUACAUUUUGCUUCUUGUUACCCAAUUUUUCCAUACGGAUUGCUAUACUACAAGAUAUUUCCAUCAUUUCAAUGGCAACCUGUUUCACCAAUGCAAGCCUUGCAAGGAAGGCUUCCUUUAAAUCUCCAUCUUUGAGCAAGUGAAGUUACUUCAAGAUAAGUUAUUCCCUCCAUAUUUUUAACUCAUUACAAAUUACUAUCGUUUGCGAGUAAAUAUAUUAAAGUUAGUGUCUCCAUCUUGAGUAAACUGUUAUGAUUUGUCUUGUAAAGCAACUCGAGUGAGACGGCUCCUUUAUCCGAUUUAUUUUAGGAAAGGCUGACGCUCAAGAUAAGUUGGGGCGGUGUGUAAAUCCUUUAUCAACUGCCAGUUGAUAAUGAACUAAUUUUUUUAACUUAUAGUAACUCCAUUUUUGAAGUAUUUGUUUCACAGAGGGUUUAAAAUGGACUUUUCUGUGAAAGAGUCCCCUGGAAGUCCGCGGGUUUCAUAUCUUGGCGUAAACCUCAACCCGUUUUCUUUCCUAAACGAAUAUAAAUUACGAGAAAGAAACAUAAAGCACUUUGGCCAGUAUGCUUUUUCUUGUAAAUCUUUGCUUUACCGGGAACUUUUUUCACUAGGCUCUUAAAGACAGUCUCAAAUUACACUGCCAUUGCCAUGGUACCUCUGGAUCAUGCGUGUCAAGAACCUGCUGGCAAGAUCUUCCUGGUUUUAAAAAGAUAGGCUCUCAAUUAAAGCAACGCUACCUUAAAGCCUCUCGUGUUAAAACUAUUAAAUAUCCAUCUCCAAACGGUAGACGAGAUGCGUAUCUUUGGUUGGAGUUCGGCGACAACAAGCCUCCUUCUAGAGACUUGGUUUACAUCGAAGACUCCCCGAAUUACUGCGAUCGAGAUCGAAGGAGGAAAAUUCCCGGAACAACAGAACGAGAAUGUAAUAAGACAUCAGAUGGAAUCGAUGGUUGCGAGCUGAUGUGUUGCGGCCGAGGCCACAAUACUCAUGAGAUUGUCAAAAAGUGGCGUUGCAAUUGCAAGUUUCAUUGGUGUUGUCAUGUUGAAUGCGAGAACUGCAAAGAGCGUAUGGAAAUAUUCAGAUGCAAAUGA